AUGAAUUGGCAACUGUCGGUCAACUUCUGUUUUCUAAUGCCUGUUUUAACUUUAUGUCUGGCGCAACAACAACCUGUUGACAGUUCAGCUAACGCAAAAACGAGACAAGUUCUUACUUUUCUUGCUGGCUUAGCGCAACAAGGGAAAGUGCUCUCGGGCCAAUUUGCCGGCUACAGCCCCGAUACGUUCAGUACAAGCAUCAUCGAUCAAAUUACUCAACAAAUUGGUAAAACUCCAGGUAUUCUCGGUUGUGAUUGGGCAUGCGGCUGGAAUUAUAAAACCCCACCGGAAGAUCUGAUCAACUAUUCAUGCAAUUCAGCAUUGAAAACGCAUUGGAAUUUAGGUGGUUUGGUAACGGUCAACAUGCAUUUACCCAAUCCUGUUUCAUCCAAUGGUGGUGGUUACAAGGAUCGAUGGAAUUUAAAUUUUGCUGAUUUGAUCAAUACAACAACACAAACUGGACAACGAUGGCGCUUGUUUCUCGAUCGAAUGGCCGACGGUUUAAACGAUUUACAACAGGCCGGUGUUACAGUUCUAUUCCGUCCAUUCCAUGAAAUGAAUGGUGAAUGGUUCUACUGGGGCAAUCAGGAUGCACAAACAUUCAGGAAUGUUUGGAUCGACAUGUUUAACUAUUUGACAAAUACAAAAAACAUACACAAUGUUCUCUGGGUCUACUCGCCAGAUCAUAGUCGAGGAAAUCAUUUAGCUUACUAUCCUGGUAGUGCAUACGUUGAUGUUGUUGCACUCGAUGUUUACACAGACGAUCCAAAUUCAAUGAAUGGAUACGAUGAAAUGAUCACUUUAAAUAAAGUGUUCGCUCUUGGUGAAGUCGGGCCAAGCACAGUCAAUAAUCAAUUUCAAUACACGCGUUGGUUAACUGCCAUCGAAACUAAAUUUCCAAAUAUUACCUAUUUCCUAGCUUGGAAUGAUGGUUGGGCACCUAUUUCAAAUAAAUAUGCUUGUGCUUUUUACAAUCACCAUCGCGUACUCAAUCGAGAAGACAUGACUUUGAACAAUACUCUCCUGACAACGACGACAAUUUCUACUACAGCUCCAUCGACUGUUUCGUCUACAACUGUAAGUUCAACCCAAGUUUCAACCGUAUCUUCAAGCAGUGGCACUACUAGUAGUUCAACAUCUCCAAUCGUUAUCUACAAUUUCUCUAAUGGUAUUGGACAAUGGCAAGGAUGGAACUUAAACGGUGGUCCAUGGCAAUCUAAUGAAUUUACUUUCUCAUCAACUGAUAGUUUGAAAGCUGAUGUACAAUUGUAUUCAGGCAGCAAAUCUUCCAUGUACACAAAUCAAGCAUCAACAUUUACGUUUUCCGGUUAUCAACGAUUAGUGGUUCGUGCUCGAGUUGCUUCAUGGGGAUUUUCGUCCAGUGGCACAAUGGGCGCUAAACUUUACAUAAAAACAGGAUCAUCCUGGACGUGGUAUGACUCUGGCUUGACACAAUUGAACAGCAAUUCGGCAACACAAAUUGUUCUCAAUUUAAGUACCAUUUCUGCAGCAGAUCUAGCAUAUAUUAGAGAAGUUGGCGUGGAAUUUACCUCCAGCGACAAUGGAAGUCAAACAGCAGUCUACAUCGCAUACAUCACUGCCGAAAAUUAA